CUGACAUAUCACUUAUACCGCACAUUUGUCAAAUAAUUUGUCAAUAAGUUCGGAUGAAAUUGGUUUAGUAAAAUUAAACAUAUAUUACCAGGAAAAUGGAGUGGCCGAGUAAAAAUGUACCUAGAGGGGGUAUGUUACAUCCACACAGAGUGCGGUUUAAUCCAGAAACAAAAAACUAUUUGAAAAUUCUAACGGACGAGAGCAAAAUGGCGAUCGCCCAAAGAAAGAAAAGCGAAUACAACUUGAGAGACUACGAAUCCACCCCGACUCCAAGAAGAAAGACGAAGAAGAGAUUCCCGAAAGUUGUCAUCCGACCAGGUUCAUCAAAAAGAAGGAGUUAUGAUAGCAUAGUGCAAUCAGGAGUGUUACAGAGGGAACCUUUCGUACCAAAACCGAUAGUGAACAGAGAAGCCGAGAAGAAGAGAUUGCAGGAUUCUAUGACAUACGGCAAGGAGGGACCACCAAAGCCUGUCGUUAAAAAACCUGCGAAGAAGCCAGAGAAGUUCAGACCAUUGAAUAGAUUCGACCAAUUGGUGCAAGAAAUCAGGGAUCGAGAAGAUUGGAUAGCGGAAAUGGCUCAACUGGGACAAGACAAAAAAUAUAAGGAGAUCAUCGAUUUGCAGAUACAGGAACGGAUCCGUGAGAUGAACAAGUUGGAUUUGGAUGGCGAUGAUUCCCAAACGCCAGCUACAACCGUCAGAACAUCUGUGUGAAUUGGUUUUUUCAAAUCAUAUAAGUAUUUUUGUAUUUUUCAAUUUUAUAAAUCUAUCAAAUACAUUUUUAGUAUGCUUCUAGAA